AGACAACCAUCAUCAAUUCCUCCAAAGCAGUAGUUUUGUUGCCGCAGCUACACACCACACCAGCAGCAAUAAAGCCUCACCCGUCUCUCUUCCUUCUUUUUAUCUUCACACUUUCCCUGAAUUUCUAGAUCUCCAAUUUCUCAGCAUCCAAACAAGAUAAGCAGAAGAAGGCGUAGUGUACGUUUAUAUAUAUUUAAUACGUAUCUGUGUAAUCUGUGUACGGUUACGUCGCUGUGGUGCUAGAUCUUUGCCGCAUUUUAUGGAUCUGCAAUCGGAGCUACCAGCAUUGCGUUUUCUUCGUUACUCUCCCCCCUAUGGUUUUUUUUGUUGACGUGUUGUUGUGCUCUUUCUAGUCAUGCUGUCUUCCGGACGAUGUAACGAAGGGCUUCGCCGGUGGCCACUGCUUAGACUGAAAACUAGGUGUGUCCGGCUGUCCUCGGGCGAGAAUCGAUUGUUGCAAGGUGCUCUCGGUUUCUGACCAUGGUCUUUGGGUUCUGGUUUGGGGAGAGAAGAUGCCUGCCUUGACUCUGUUUCCUUUGUUUCUUGCUCACAUACUCGGGGCGCUUUCUUACUCGUGUUCAGGACAUCUGUUGUUGCACACAUACUUGUCUCCUUCACAACCAAACCAGCAGACAAUGAGGGAAACAAUAAUGGACAAUGUAAGGUUGACUUCCAUGACCUUUUUACUUUCUCGAUCAAGAUCACCACAGAAAGGUGUUGUUAACCCUUCCUUUGCACCUUCAACUGCACCUACACUUGCACCUGCACCAAGUCGUGAAGCCUCUAUUGCUGGUCCUAGCAGCCAUCCCUUACCAGGACGACGUCAUGGCCACCACCAUCAUCUUCCCAUGAGAUCUCACACAGUUGCUCCAUCACCUUCGUAUCAGGGUUGUGAUCAAAUUUGUGCAGAGCCAUUUACCCCCACUCCCUUUGGUUCACCUUGUGGCUGUGUAUUACCUAUGAAAGUCAAACUUCUGCUAGACAUAGCUCCCUAUACUAUUUUCCCUGCAAUGAGUGAGCUAGAGAUUGAGAUUGCUACAGGCACUUAUUUGCAACAGAGUCAAGUGAAAAUAAUGGGUGCCAGUGCUGAUAGUCAAAAUCAGGGGAGAACAGUGGUUGAUAUCUAUUUGGUUCCACUCGGGGAGAAGUUUGAUAAUACAACUGCAAUGCUUAUGAAUGACAGAUUUAUGCAAAAAAGAGUCCAUCUAAAUACAACUCUUUUUGGUAGUUAUGAAGUGGUAUCCAUUAGUUAUCCAGGUCUUCCUUCACUGCCAUAUGGGAAUUUCAUAGGGCACGGUCCUAGUGAAAGUACUGGAGAUCUCCCAAUCACAGCUAAUUUUAUUAACAAGAGUCAGAAGAUGAAUAUUAGGAUCAUUGCCAUCAUUGCUUUGUCUGCAUUUGUACUCUUAUCGGUUUUAACUGGGGCAAUCUUCAUUCUUAUAAAGUGGAGGAAAGCUAGAAGACCAUCGAGUGCUGUUGGUCCAGCAGUUGCAUCAUCCCUAAAUAAACAAUCUGCAGGUAUUGGCUCUAUUUUGUCAAGUAGUAUAGCAAGCUCUACAUCAGUGUCACACAUUUCCACCAUGCCCACUUCUGUUCUCUCAGUUAAGACAUUUGCACUUUCUGAGCUUGAGAAGGCAACAGAGUGGUUCAGUUCAAAGAGGAUUCUUGGUGAAGGAGGCUUUGGACGUGUUUACCGUGGUGUGCUAGAAGAUGGAAGUGAGGUUGCUGUUAAAUUACUUACAAGAGAUAAUCAGAAUGGAGACCGUGAGUUUAUUGCAGAAGUUGAGAUGCUAAGCCGCCUGCACCACUAUAAUCUUGUAAAACUCUUUGGUAUAUGCAUGGAAGGACGCAAACGCUGCUUGGUAUAUGAACUUGUUCCCAAUGGGAGUGUUGAGUCCCACUUGCAUGGUGUUGACAAGAAGAAAGGACCUCUUGAUUGGGAUGCACGCCUGAAGAUUGCACUUGGAGCAGCAAGAGCAUUGGCCUACCUUCAUGAAGAUUCUAACCCUCGAGUUAUUCAUCGAGAUUUUAAGGCUAGUAAUGUUUUAUUAGAAGAUGACUUCACCCCCAAGGUCUCAGAUUUUGGGUUGGCAAGGGAAGCUACCGAAGGAAGCCAACAUAUUUCUACUCGAGUAAUGGGAACUUUUGGGUAUGUUGCCCCUGAAUAUGCUAUGACAGGGCAUCUACUUGUUAAGAGUGAUGUCUAUAGUUAUGGGGUUGUGCUCCUUGAGCUUCUGACUGGUAGAAAACCUGUGGACAUGUCACAACCUCCGGGACAAGAAAAUCUUGUAACUUGGGCACGGCCUCUGCUGACCAGUAGAGAAGGUGUGGAGCAGUUGGUGGAUCCCUCCUUGGCUGGAACUUACAACUUUGAUGACCUAGCUAGGGUGGCAGCCAUUGCUUCCAUGUGCGUUCACCCAGAGGUGACUCACCGGCCAUUUAUGGGUGAAGUUGUGCAGGCCUUGAAGCUGAUAUACAAUGACACAGAUGAAACAUGCGGGGAUUGCUGUAGUCAGAAGGAAUCUUCUGUUCCAGACUCUGACUUUAAAGGUGAUCUUGCCCCCUCUGAAAGCAGUUGGUGGAAUGCUGAAGUGGUCACCCCUCGCCUAGCUUAUGGACAGGCCUCCUCUUUUAUCACAAUGGAUUAUAGUUCAGGUCCGCUUGAAGAAAUGGGCAACAGACCGUUUUCAACUUCAAGUUUAAUAGGAGAUGGAAUUUCUUCACCAAUCGGACAUGGCAAUCGAUCAGGUCCCCUAAGAACUAUCCGAAGUAAACUGAACUUUUAUAGAUUGAGAGGGAGCAUAAGCGAGCAUGGGGGACUCCUGCCAAGGCAAAUUUGGAGUGAUUCACAUUGGGUUUGACUUUCAUUUCUUCCAUAUUUUUUGAAUUGUACAGUUUCAGAGGAGGGCCGAUUGGGGUUUCUGCUGUUGCAUGUUUGAAGAGAGUUGACUUGGCUUCUUCAUAAAAUCGUGAUUCAAUGCCGAAAUUGGAGAUGUUAGUUGAACACUCCUGUAUUAUACAUCUGAAGAUUUUUUAUUCUUGUGGUCCAAUGCCGAAUUCAGUGAUUUAUUUUUGGCUUAAAAGGUUAGGCCAGUUUUGCACGAAAGAAUGCUGUUUCGCAGUCUGUGUAAGGCUCACCACAUCGAUGGUUAAGUGCAGUGCAGUGCGCUUUUUUUUUUUUUUUUCUGUUUGCUCAAUUGCUCUACUUUGUGUUGCAACGACUGCCUCAACCACAUAAUUUCUAGUUGAGUGUCGACCUAGAAGGAAAUUUAUACCUUUGAAAAAAAAGAAACCAUUUUAACUGGAGUUUAUACAAUAAUCAUGACCAAUUAAUGAAAGUUCAAACAUAGCUAAGCCAAAACUUGGACAAAGGGAGUCGGGUAGGGAGAAGAUGAAUAUGGCAGUAAUGCAUUGAAUUUGAAGGAUUCAGGUACACUCGAAAAGGGUGAUUGGUGAUCGAGUAGCAUUAUUUGUCCGAGUCUCCAACUCAAAAUUUAGCAGAAGGAGAGAAACUUUCGUGUUCCUGAACUGUACAUUCUGAUAUUUGGGUGUUAACUAGUUCGGGGAUCUUUAGAGGACAUUGACAUAUUUAGAGGAUGUUGAAAUUGAUUGAUUUAUACAAAUAAAACUUUCUUUCUUUU